AACUGACUGUGCCUCGGGAUCUGGUCACCUUGAGAACCUCCAUUUCUCCAACUCUUUAACAGAGAGAGAGAGAGAGAGAGAGAGAGAGAGAGAGCUUCGUGCUUGGAUUCAGUGGAGGAAGAGAGCUCCGCGGAGAGAAUAAAGGGGAUCAUGGCGAACUCAUACGCGGAGCUGAACCAGAGGAUUGACUACGUCUUCAAGGUGGUGCUCAUCGGAGACUCGGCCGUGGGAAAGUCGCAGUUGCUGGCGAGGUUCUCGCGUGACGAGUUCAGCCUCGAUUCCAAGGCCACCAUAGGGGUAGAGUUCCAGACCAGAACCCUUGCCAUCGAUCACAAGACCGUCAAGGCUCAGAUCUGGGACACGGCCGGCCAGGAGCGGUAUAGGGCUGUGACAAGUGCAUAUUACAGAGGAGCAGUAGGAGCAAUGCUAGUGUACGACAUAACCAAGCGUCAAUCCUUUGAUCACAUCACAAGGUGGCUAGAAGAAUUGCGGGGGCAUGCUGACAAGAACAUCGUGAUCAUGCUUGUUGGUAACAAGUGCGAUCUUGGAACUCUCCGAGCAGUCCCUACUGAAGAUGCAAAGGAAUUUGCGCAACGUGAAAACCUCUUCUUCAUGGAGACCUCUGCUCUAGAAUCCACUAAUGUUGAAUCCGCUUUCCUUACAGUCCUUACAGAGAUAUACCGAAUUGUCAGCAAGAAAUCCCUCGUGGCCAAUGACGAGCCGGAAUCUGUAGGAAGCUCAAGCCUACUGAAGGGAACAAAGAUUGUCGUCCCCGGUCAAGAGCCACCGGGUGCAGCAAAGUCUGCUUGUUGUAUGUCCACAUAGGUUUUCACUAGUUGUACUGACACUGUUCUUCUUCAUGUUCAAUGCUUCUUUCUUGUCUGUUUUCACAGUGGUUUUGUUUGCAUAUAUUGUUUUUGUCUUAAUGAGCAGUCAUUUUUUUUUU